AUGGGAGGACUCAAGCGGGUGUGGAUGCGCUUUAGCUCCAGCAAAACUGUCGUACCAAAAGCUGAUGACCCGCCGAUCUGUGCAGAAGCGCCACAUAUCAAUCUCCCGCAUGUGGACACACAGUUGAACAUGCACCAGCACUCGAAAUUCCGCGAUGACGAACCGGUCACCGAAGGCCAGACAGGCAACCAUAACCAUGCCCCUCCAUCCGUAUCACAACCGUCGGUUUUUUCCGCCUCCAUUGCCGACACCAACCACAGCGAUGCCCCCACAACCGAAUGGUCUGCCGUCGGCCACGCAGCGGCCACGGGCAAAUCGGGACGUGUUAUCCACAAUCUUCAGGAGGAGAUAGCGCGCCUAACGCGGGAAUGCACGUUGUACAAGUCACGCGCCGAGGAGUACCAAAGGACGAAUGAGGCAUACAAGAUCCAACAACAGAACAUGAACGAGCGGUUGCGGAACCUUGAGCAAGUCAACGAGACAAACCUCACAUCCAUUGCGCGCAAAGACCGAAAGCUGGAGGAAGUGCGGGCGGAACUCCAGAACGAGCGCAGCAAGCGUCAAGAGGCUGAGAAGGACGCCAAUCAGACGAAUGCGAUGAUGCAGGAAGAGCGCGAGAACCACAAUCGCGAACAAGCGCGGACGCAAGAAAUUGCAAAGUACUAUGAAACACAGUACGAGGUGUUAGCCAGUACGGCGAAACGCGACAAGGCAGACCUUGCGAGGCGCAUCAACGCCAUCUGGGCCGAGUUUACGACCAUCGCCAACGCUCAGAAGACCCAUGUGCAUUCCACCGAGAGGCUGGAGGUUCUUGCCGAUCAAAAGAAUCGGGAGUUCGACACGCUCAAGGACUCCUAUGAGAAGCUACUCGUCAGACACACCGCGUACAAGGAUAUGAAGGAGAAGGAGUUCCGUGAUACCAUCGAAACGGCCAAGUCGAAUAAUGAUAAUAUUGCCAAGGUUCUUUCCCAACUGAAGGAGACUGAAACAGAGAUGAAAUGGGUGAUGCGUCUGGAUAAAAGUCGAGAAGACAGUGAUGAAUGA